AAAGCGAGAUUUGGGGUCGUGGUAACUUUAUUAAACCAUGACAGCUCCAAGUAUGAGGACAGUUUAUUUUGCGUUUUUAGUUAUAUAUAAGCUUGACGUAUGUGUCCAGUCGGCGGAUACGGGAAAGCUGGACAAGCGUAUACUACUGAGUGACCCAGAGUAUGUCCAACAACAGCUUACCCAUCUACAGGCCGAACUACAGAGUCUACAGGUAACGGUCCUGACCCAGACAAGCGAGAUCUCCUCCCUCAGACAACAGAUGGCACAGACACGUCCAGGAGGAGUUACAUUUGUUAGAUGGGGGAGAACUGACUGUCCAGUUAACAUCACUGAUCUCGUCUAUUCCGGCUAUGCUGGUGGUUCAUACUAUGAUGAGACGGGUGGAGCGGCCAAUCACGUGUGUCUACCACGUGACCCAGUGUGGGGCGCUCACAAGUCAGUGGCCAGUGACGACUACGCUGGGAGGAUGUACGGCGCGGAAUACGAAAGUAAUAAUGGACAUUCUCCUUUCGGACAGAAUGUCCACAAUCAAGAUGUCCCCUGUGCUGUAUGCAGAGCGACGACCUUCACAUCGUCCAUCAUGAUUCCAGGUCGAGCAGAGUGCUAUGGUGGCUGGACUGAGGCCUACCGUGGGGACCUUGCCUCGGGGUAUUACAAAUUCUCGGCCCCCUCGGAGUAUGUGUGUGUAGAUGAACAUGUUGAGAGUCUAGACGGCGGAAUUGCCGACCAGAACGGGGUCCUGUUCUUUGGGGUCAAGGCAGAGUGUGGCUCUCUGCGUUGUCCUCCUUACGAACAGGAUAAAUAUCUGUCAUGUGUAGUGUGUAUGAAAUAAUAUGUCAUCAAUUUCAUACACAGGUGUUCACCUUGCCAUUUUAUCACAGGAGUGUAGAAUCACUAUGUGUAAUGAGAGUAUCAAUAAAAGAUUUCGAAAAAUAUAAUGAUAAUGACGAUACUUGGUGUGGAGAUAUAAGUGUAACACGAUGAUACUAUAUUUGUAUGCAAAUAAAGCAAUUAACCACAAAAAAAACCCCAAAAAACAAAAUCCGAAAAAUAGACAUUUUGGUUAUAUUCUUCAAAAAGAAAGGUCAAUAAAAAUUAUGAAGGUGGCAACUA